AUGUUGAUCCUUGGGAUUGUAAAAGGUUUACAAGUGCUUCAGAUCCCAUUGGAAAAGCUUCAAACUCUACUGCUUGAAGGGGUUGACGGUUAUGAAACACCUGUGGGUGCUAGAGGAUCCCAAUUGUCAGGUGGUCAAAAACAAAGAAUUGCAAUCGCUCGUGCUCUAGUUCGGAAACCGACCUUACUUCUACUCGAUGAGGCCACGUCUGCUCUGGAUAACGAAUCGGAGAGAGUAGUCCAAGCUGCAUUGGACGAGGCAAUGGCAAAGGGUGGUCGAACAUCCCUCGUAGUGGCCCAUCGUCUAACAACAGUUGAGAAUUGUGAUGUUAUUGUGGUGCUUCAAGAAGGUCAAGAGUGUGAGAUUGGUUCGCCGGAAGGUUUGAUGGCUAUGAAAGGCCUCUACUACCAGUUGCAUAAUGUAGACGCUGCUGUGAAGACGCAUUAA